AUGGAUACUAAAGAUGCUGAAGAUGGAUUUCCUCCGGAAAAACAGAGUCAUCCGUUUCUCCACAUCCGUUCCCGUCGUCUGCAUGUAGUUCUUUUGCUGAUGUAUGCUUUCUUCUGUAUGUGUCAAAUGACUGCUCAUAUAGGAUUAUCAUUAUCAUGUAUGUGCAACUCCACGGCGGUCGCCAUGAUGAGCACGAACACUACAAAAUUGAUCGAAAAGACUGAAUCAGCCCUUCUGAAAUCAGUUUUCAGUAAUACAACAAAUGAUAUAGAAAAUAACAAUGAAAGUUGUUCAACGUUAGAAGGAAAAGUGAUCAAGGAUUACGGAGGAACAUUUGUGUGGUCAGUCAGCUGGCAAGGUUAUAUUGUGUCUGCUGCGUUCCUCGGUGGAUUCCUAUUCUCAUAUCCUGCUGGAUUCCUUGUCGAUCGUUUCUCAGCAAGACAUAUUCUAUCUGCUUCAGUACUCAUGCUAACCAUUUCUUCAAUUCUUAUGCCAUUUCUAGCUACUUAUUUUGGAGAGGGAGGAGCGUUCGCCAGUCGUUUUGUUAUGGGAAUCAGUGAAACAAUGCUCAUUCCUUCACUAAAUUCAAUGGUAACAAAAUGGAUUCCAGUCAAUGAAAAGAGUCUCGCUGCAUCAGUUUUCACUUCUGGAAAUCAACUCUCUGGAAUGUUUGGAAACGUUCUAGUCGCCGAGUUAUGUGCUAGUUCACUCGGAUGGAGCUCCAUUUUUUACAGUGGAAGUCUUUUCGGAGUGUCUUGGCUCAUUCUGUGGCACAUGACAGUCCGUAACUCUCCUCAUAAUACCAGAUGGAUUCACAAAAGAGAGUUGGACUAUCUGGCCAAUCAUAUUCCACCGAAACACAAUUCCGGAGGAUCAAGAAAGAAGGCGACUCCGUGGAGAGAUAUGCUAACAUCGAAAGUAUUCUGGUGUCUAAUGUACAAUAGUAUUAUUGGAAACAUGAUGAUUGCUUUGAUUUUUGUGUAUAUCCCUGUUUUCUUCAAAGAUGUUCUCAUGUUGGAUGUUCAAUCGAACGGUUUCUACUCUGCAAUUCCACAUCUUUCAAAUCUCGUCGUGAAACUGUUUUGGGGUUUUCUAAUGGAUAAAUUGAGAAGGAACAACAUUUUGUCGCCAACUUCCACAGUCAAAUUAUCUCAGUUCUCCUCGAUGAUCGGUAUUUCAAUAACUUGUUUCUUCCUCAGAAAAGUAAAUUGUUCCACUCCAAUCGAGGCGCUUGUUUUGUUGAGUGUGGUGUCUGGAUUUUUCGGAUUGUCGAUUUCUGGCUUUUACACUUCAUUAUUGUCAGUGGCACCGUCACACAUUGGAACUCUGACUAGUCUCGGAACUGUUAUAGGUUUCAUCGGUCGAAUGUUCACACCUCUCCUGAUCUCACAUUACAAAACCGUGGGAACUGCUGAAGAAUGGGGUCAGGUUCUUUUGAUCUACGUUUUUGCGUCUGCUUCUGGAGGUAUUAUCAUGGCGUUAUUCGGAUCCGGCGAAGUUCAAGAUUGGGACUACUCAAAACGACACAAUUCUGCACGACCCAAUGCGUUGGUGGCUCCAGAAUCAGAUAAAAGUCUAGAAGACUUUUAA